AUGUUAAUUGGAAACGAUAUUAAAGAUGCCAUUUCAUUGGUUUGGAAUAAUAAAUUUCAAGAGGCAGAGAAUUUAUUGAAAGACAAAUCGACCAUUAGUCCAAGAUAUAGUCUCCACUUUGCCGAGAUUAUAUUUCUAAGAUCUUUUAUCACUGCCGAUGUCAAAGACACUGAAUCUGCUUUGAAACGUCUCAAAGAAACAAGAGAAUUGGCUGAAAAGUAUAUUAGUCUAUUGGAAUCAAAUAAAACUCCACCAACCUACAACCAAGAAUUAAAAUCAAAAGAAGAAUUUAAAAAUAAUUUAUUGGAUUGUAAAUUGGUCCUUGGAGAUUCAUUAUAUAUGUUGGCAGUAUUACAAUUAACAAGAGAUCAUAAAAUUAAAGGAUGUUUUAAUUUAAGAAAAAGUUGGAAAACCUUUGAAGAAUGUUUAAAGCAGGUAAAGGAUACUUCUUCGACCAUAAAGUAUGAAGAAGAUCUAUUGGAAUGUUUACAUUUUGGAGCUGGAUUCUUUUAUUUUGCAAUGUCUAUCAUCCCUUCGAACGUCAUCAAAUUUGUAGAGUUGAUUGGUUUCAAGUCUGAUAGAGAUUUGGGUCUUCAAUAUAUCCGUGAUUGUUCUGAAAAGGCUGGUGUUAGAUCGGCAUUUGCUACCAUGGUUCUUUUAUUCAACAAUCUAUUGUUGCCCCGUGGUCUUUACAAUCCAACCAAACAUCUCAAGGAAGCUGAGGUAUUGAUCGACGACAAUUUGAAACGUUAUCCACAAGGCUCAUUGUUCCAAGUCAUGGCCAGUCACUGUUAUCGUAAACAAUGUCGUGUCGAUCUUGGUCUAGAAUGUAUGCAACGUGCCAUUGAAAACUGUUCUGCCUUGCCCAAACCACCUCUCAUCUACUCUUACGAAUUGGCCAAUUGCUAUCUCAUCAAAUUGGACUGGUCAAGUGCCAUCGGCAUCUUUGAGAGUCUCGUCAAGGAAGAGAACUUCCAAAUCCGUGCUCUAUGCGGUCUCCAAUUGGCAGGUUGCUAUGUCAUGAUGGGAGAGCCCAAAAAGGCACAAGAUGCAUUCACCAAGAUCAAAGACUAUGUCAAAAAGUCAAGUUCAGUAGACCCAAUCAUUCUCCGUCAAAGCCAACGUUACAUUGCCAACAAUGGUCACUUUUCUGCCUUUGAAGUCAUGUACAUUCGUCGAGAUAUGGCCAAGAUGGAAAGAAUAUCAGCCGAAAAGACAUUGUUGGAACUCACCAAAUGUGCUCAACAAGCAGGUGUUGAAAAACCACUAGCAUGUCAAGCCAACAUUGGCAAGAACCAACCUAGCACCAACUCUUUCUUUAAGAGUUUCUCAUCACUCACCAAGUCCAAAAAGGAUGAUCUCAACACUGACAAUCAAAUCGAAGAUCGUGCCUCCUAUCUCUUGCUCAAGGGAUCAGUUCUCAAAGGUAUCGAAAAGUAUGAAGAAUCGAUGUCUUGUUUUGAAGAACUCAUGUCGAUUCAACACUUGUUACAAGACAAAAACUUUUACGUUCCCUAUUGUCUGUAUGAAAUGAGUGAAAGUUAUUUCCAUAGAAAGCAAUUUGAUCUUUCCCAUGACACUCUCAAGAAAUGUAAUAAUCAUUCCAACUAUGAUUGGGAAGACCCAUUAAAGGUUAAACUUAGAAUCAUAUUUGAUCAACAGAAAAAGGAUGGAGCUGGUGGUGGCAACCAAAUCGAUCAAGAAGAAGAAGAUCAACAAGAACAACCAAUUAUUCAAUCAGCUGAUCAACUUGAAAAUCAAAUGGAAACUUUAACUGUUCAAGAAUAA